AUACUAUCGCUAGCAAGACUAUUUCUGGCAACUGGCUUUCCUCCCUUGAAAACAGUGGCUACGCUCGGGAUGGGCAAUGUCGGUGUGUUAACGGUGUGGUAGGGUGUAGUCGUUACCGUUUUAGGAAGGAAAGACGAAACAAGGACAGAAAGCAAGGAUUACCAAUAAAUAAGGACACCUUUACCGAUCCGUCAGGAUCACCAUGGCAAAAUUAUUGCUCAUCGUUUCGCUGUGUGUAGCGUCAAGCGUCGCCCAGCAACUGGCACGCGAGACAUGUGACGCUAGCCGUAGAAAGGCGGAAGUACAAGUAGCCGGAGCACAAGUUGUUCUUGGCGGACUCUUUGAAAUCCGACAGCCGGGCACCGAUGGAUAUGGGUGCGGCCAGCCAGCAAAAGAUUUAAUGCAGAUAUAUGAAGCGGCCCGUUGGACAAUAAAUCAGUUGAAUAGUAGAAAUUCCAACCAAGGAUUUAUCCCAAGUAUUAAAUUUGGUUUGCAAGCUUAUGACACUUGUUUUUCCGCGGAGCAAAGUCUGGGAGCUGUGUACGACUUCUACCCACAGGCCUCGUCGAAAAGCACGUACUGCAGCAGCUCAACCACUCAGACAAAUGCUGGGUUCGUUGGUCCUCUAUCCAGCUGGACCUCACUGUCGGUGGCCGGCCUCAUCAAACAGUUCAACGCACCUGCCGUGGCGCCAAGACCAACGUCGUCUGCCCUUAGUAACAAGGCCCUCUACCCAACAUUCUACAGGACGUCGCCAUCGUCUGCUGCACUCGUUAGGGCAACCAGCGCCCUUCUGGACCGCCUACAGUGGAAUAAGAUCAUAAUGGUUUACUCUGACUCUGAAUAUGGCCGGGACGGUCUGAAGAACAUGAUCCAGUUUGCUCUCAACAGUGGCAGAUGCAUAGUCCAAGCCAUUGCAAUAAAAAGCGGAGAAACAGAAGACCAGUUUUAUAAUCGCCUUUCAGCAAUACAACGGUAUGACGUCAAUGGCGGUCUUUUCUGGGGAAGUGCAGCUGAAAGCAACGUUGCCAUUGCAGCUCUCGAACGACAUAAUCAAGCAGCAUCUUACGGGCACGUCCAGUGGAUCUUCACUGAUCUGGAUACCUCUAGGUCCUUCACCGAGAGAAUAGCCAGAGGCGCGUUGGUCAUCCUGCCAACAACUACUAUAAUUGAAGAAUUUAGGCGCUACUGGGCAGGACUCAACCCGAACUCCCCAUCAAGUGAGAACCCAUGGUACAUCGACUGGUACAUGACAAAGUAUCAGUGUCGACUGACAGCCGUCAACUACCAGCCCUAUGUCUCCCUGCCAGUUUGUCCAACAGUGGACUUUACAGCUAAAUACAACCAAUACGUCCAGAACCCUUAUGUCGAGAGCACGGUUAAAGCAGUUUUUGCAUAUGCGGCGGCUUUUGAAAAUGCACAUCGGGAUUUCUGCAUUAGUCGUGGACAAAGCGGCUUCUGUGAUAACCUGAAAAGGAUAAAUUCUGUGACUUUGAAUGCCUAUCUGAAGAACCUACAGUACACGUUCACUGCCGAGGAUGGCAUGGCCAGCAUGGUAGGGAAGUCAAUCGCCUUCGAUGACAACGGUGACCCCGUGACUUCCUCCUUCACUGUUUGGAACUACGUCAACAAUGUUUUCGAGAGAGUGGGAAAUUACACCAACAACAUCUUGAACCUGGAUGUGAGCACUAUCACUUUUUACGCCAAUGACAGAAGGACCCAGCUGUCUACACCACCAACGUCCCUGUGUCCAGUUGGAGGUUGCCAGAACUGCCUCAUGCCCACCAACGACAUCCAGUACACCUAUAUACCAGGCGACAUCAUCCUUGGCGGGAUGGUGGGAGUUCGAAAUCCUGGAACCGACCCUCUGACAUGUACAGAUAUCUCUGUGCUAGGAAGUGAAGCUCUUAUGGCUAUAAAAUAUGGUCUCAUGACCUUCAGAGAUGCCCUUGGAAGCAAUAUUCUCAAUGGCGUCAAACUUGGAGCUCUUGUGGCUGAUACAUGCAACAAAUACAUUGCAGACGCCUUCCUCAACGACCUUCUGAGUGGGAGAAGGAUUUUCAAGGAUAAGAAUGGUGGAAAUAUUGACACAGAAUUCCUGACUUCCUUCGUAGGCUUCAGAGAAUCAUCACCAGCUGUGGAUACCUCAAAAAUUCUUGGACAAUAUAAAGUGCCUGAGAUAGAGGCAGGGGCGACGGCCCCAUCUCUGACCAAUAGGAUGCUAUACCCUUACUUUAACAGGGCUUUACCGUCUGGGGACGCCAUGAAUUCAGCUAUCAUCAAUAUCUUGAAACGACAGCGUUGGAGCUAUAUCCAGAUAGUUUACCGGCCUGAUGUCUUUGGUCAAGAACAAAUGAUGUCUUUCAAGAAACUGGCAGCAAAAGCUAACAUCUGUGUUGCUGCGGCACACAUCAUAACUAUUGGAGGUGCUGCCAUUUUGGAUAAACUCAGAGAAAACGCCGAAGCCAGGGCCGUUGUUGUCUUUGGGUACUCACCAAAUAUCCGCGGGAUCCUGGAAGCUAUGAAAAUGAACAAUGCAAAGGGUGAGUUUGUCCUUGUUGGAACCGAUAACUGGGGUGAUAGGACAAGCAUCGUGAGUGGCUAUGAAGACAUGGCUGAUGGAAGUUUUACGGUCAAACUUGCGCCUCCAGAUAAUACCGGUUUUGACAAUUACUUAAAAGGCUUAACCUGGACUACAAUCAAAGCUGACCCUGUCAUGUCAAAAUUGUACGAGAAGACGUUCAAUUGUUAUAUCAACGCAGGCGAUAGAGGACGAUACAACACACAGUGCUUCUCCCAAAGCAUCAGCUCGACAUCACCCUACUCCCCGUUUGUGGUGAGUGCUGUGUACUCCAUGGCGCUAGCACUUCACAACACGCUGCAACAGGUAUGCGGAAACAACUACAAUGGUCUCUGCAACGACUUCAGAAACAAGGAUGACGUCAGCAUGAAACUACUUCAGCAGAUUAGAAACAUCUCCUACGUCAAUCGUAAGACUAGCCAGACAUUUUCUAUUGUCAAUGGAGAAGGAACAGCUGACUUUGACCUCUUUAACUACCAAAAUGGCGCUGGACUUGGCUACAUCAAUGUUGGGAAAUACCAAACCGCCACUGGCACCAUCAGCAACUUCCAGGACAGCAAUGUCCGCCUACCAAAUGGAGCUGGUUCGACCUCUCUUUCUUCACAAUGCACGAGCAAGUGCCUCCAAUGCUAUAUGUACCAGCAACAACCCUUCCUGUACAUUCCAGGAGACAUCUUACUUGGAGGCAUGUUCUCUGUCAGCAACCCAGGAAACCAAGGUCCAUUUGUUUGCGGAUCUGUCAAGACAACAAAUGGAUUCCAGUACACAGCGGCAAUGCAGUAUGCUAUUGAAACGGUAAACAACAAACAAGCACCUGUUGGUUUGAAUGGCAUCAAACUCGGAGGUUUGGCACUUGACCAUUGUAACAACCAGGACCGACCCUUCUCCCUACUUUCCAGUAUAUAUUCCGGGUUGAUGGACCGGUCCCUACAGAUGAUGGGGAUGACAUCAGCAAUGAACCAGAACCCCUUAUCAAGAUCUAUUGCAGCUUGGAUCACUGACAACACAGCCAGCACCCAGGAAGCGGGGGAGUUCCUUCAACCCUUUAACAUUCCCAUUGUCAGUCCAUCUGCCACCUCAGAGGCCUUGAUGAAUUUAACAUCUUUCUACAGAACCACACAGGGAGAUGACACCAUUGCCAUGGCGAUAGUAAAGAUUGUCAAGUCGCUGAACCUCCCAUAUGUCCAGGUAGUUCAUAGCGCCAACAGCUAUGGGCGGGGCGGUCUAAGUGCCAUACAAGCAGCGGGACAACAGGAAGGCAUCUGUGUUACUUCAUCCAUAGAAUUAGACUCAACCAUAUCAUCAGAUUAUGUCAUCCAGAAACUCAUUGAGAGUCCUACAUACGCUGUAGUCCUGUUUCUGGGUACAUCUGACAUGACAAAGUUAAUGACAGCCAAAGCCAGAAGCACUGAUGCCAAUGUGCCCAAACUUGUGUUCAUAUCUCCUGAACCUUACAGCAAUGUUGUUCGAAGUGUCAGAUCAGCGGCUACAAACCUGCUCAGCAUCCGCCUGAAAACACCAACACUCACAAGAUUUAAUACCUACCUUGAUGACAAGACAGCAGCAUAUUACACGGACAAUCCUUAUUUUGCUAAGUACUACAUGGCUAUUUACAACUGUGACCUACCUGGCUACUACAUGUACAGCAGCCCCUGCGCGACUCCUCCUUCUCGACUCUCCGCCAGUAGCAACUUCGCCCAGAGCAACUUCAUCUUGGCUACAAUCAAUGCAGUCUAUGCCUCCACUUACACCCUGGAUGCCACACUUAAGGAACUGUGUGGGAAUAACUACAAUAGCGUCUGCCCUGAAUUCUCGAACGCCAAUGACCUCAACACGAGGCUUGUAGACAAUCUCAGACUUACAAACUUUGACAACUUGGGCAACAGCUUCCGCUUCCUCAACAGAGAAGGCAACAGCGGUUAUGACAUUCUUCGUUUUAAUGGCACAGAUUAUCAGACGGUGGGCAGCUAUGAGGGUGCAGCCCUCCAAGUCAAUGCUGGCCUGAGCGCCAUCUACAGUGGUGUUCCCUCCACCUGCAACUCCCCCUGUCUAGAGUGCACCCAGCUGGGACUCAACUUCUCUUACGUACCAGGAGACAUCCUUCUUGGAGGUAUUUUUGAUGUCCAUGUCAAGAGUUUGAACCCAUUUACCUGUGGAAAAAUAAACACCCUACACGGCUUCCAGCUGCUGGAGGCAUUCCACUUCGCACUGGGAAGGGUAAACAGCAAAGAGGGCAUGUUUGCUAAUAUCCUCAGGGGAACAACUCUUGGCGGGAUCGGUCUAGAUUCUUGUGAGAGCGCCAUCAGGACAGGCUACCUUGUGUCCAACAUCCACAAUGGACUGACAAGUCUGGCAAAGAAUGGCUACAAGGUUGAUCCAGAACUGAUCGAUGUUUACCUUGGUGGCUAUUCCAGUGACCGAUCGAUCUAUCUUGCCAGAAUCCUAUCCGACCUCGAGAUCCCUCAAAUCAGUUAUGCUGCUACGUCUACUGCCCUGCUUGACCAGUUCCGGUACCCUUACUUCUACCGCACUGUCCCAGCAGACGACAACCAGGUGCAGGCAAUGAUAACCUUCUUGAACUCCAAGGACAUUCGAUAUGUGCAGGUACUCUACGCACAGUCCAACUAUGGCGAGUUUGGUGCGGCAGCAUUCAAACGUUUGGCUCCACAGAAGCGGAUCUGUGUAGCUCAAAUGGUGAUGUUCCCUGACAACGGUACCGUGUCAAGAGAGAGUAGUAAUGAUGUUAUCACGCAGCUGCUGGCCAAACCUGUCGCCAACACCAUCGUCGUGUUUGCCGGUACAAGUUACAUCAAUGCUCUGCUGAGAGCCGUCCAGAGGAAUCCUGGAGCUAUUGGCAAGUUCCGGUUCCUGGGGUCCGAAACAUGGGCAAAGAAUGAAGAUGCUAUCCUGGGAGUUGAGGAGAUUGCCAAAGGAUCUGUGACAUUCAAUUUAAAGACACUCAACCUAAAGGUUUAUGAUGAUUACCUCAGUGGAAAAACGCCAGCCAAUUCUCAGGAUAACCCUUGGUUCAGGGAAUAUUAUGAAGAGAUCCAGAACUGUUACCUGACGAUCUCAGAUGGCACCUACACUAAACAAUGCCCCCAGACGCCAGAGAACCUUAUCUCCAGCAUCAGAUACAAGCAGGACCCAGGUGUCCUGCACGUCAUCAACUCCGUCUACUCAGCUGCCUAUGCAAUAGACAUCACGCUUAAAGAGCUGUGUGGCGAGAACUACACGACCGUAUGCAAGGCCUAUCGUAACAGGCCAGACACAAGGGAUGUGAUUCUGAGGAAUCUCAAGAAUGUGAACUUUCCUGAUCCAUCUGUUUGGUUAUUGUUUUCAGCUGUGUGGCGAGAACUACACGACCACUGGGACGGAAGUUGCACCCGCCGAGAGGCAUGCUCAGAGUGUCCUACCAUCAGAAAUAGAGUCAUCCGGUAUGCGAUCUCUGGCCCGCCAACGCUUGUGACCAAUGCCCUUACUGUUAUUGGGAUCUUUGACGUCCACAACCAAGGUACUGAUGCUUACAGGUGCGGAUCCUUGAGAAUGGAUGGCUUUAAACAGUUCAACGCCUUCUUCUACGUCAUGCGUGAAUUGAGUUCCGCCUUUAACCUCAACAUCAGAGCUGUUGCCAUUGACACAUGCUCGAACAACCUUCGCGUUGGGCAGGACAUCUAUAACUUGUUGGAAGGAAAGGGACUUUGUAACUCGGAUUUUAAAGAUGGAGACGGAUUGAUAAGAUUAAACAACAUUGGUGGCUUCAUAACAGCCGGUGAUGAAAACACGCGUGAAGCCUCCCGAGUUCUCAACCCUUUUAAAGUUGCAUACAUCAGCCCAAGUGCCCCUUCUAUCAUCUUUAACAAUACUGACCUGUAUCCCUACCUCGCUAGGACGACGGCACCAAAGGGCCAACUGCUAAAGGGCAUAGCCGAGUUGAUGAAAGAGAUGGGUUGGUCUUAUGUGACAGCCGUCAGCUCAAGCUGGAGAUUUGAUGAUGGGGGAUACAGUCAGUUCCUCUCGGUAUCUGGCGGUAAGACGUGUGUGAGAUCAUCAUUCAACCUCCCUACUAAUCCUACAAUAGAUGAUGGGACUGAAGCUGUUGAACAACUCCGUGCGGCAGAAGGGUCCAACGUUGUUGUCCUCUUCACAACACAACAAGACACACUUCUGAUCCUUCGGGCAGCUAAGGGGCUCAAUGUCCUGGAUAAAUUCCUCUGGGUGUUCACAGAUCCGGAAGCCACCAGCUGGGCAAUGCCAAGUGAUUACUACUUUAAGGCUUUGAUGCUAAAACCUCGUGAGGGAAACGUCCAGGGAUACGUGAAUUACGAAUCCGAAAUGACAUAUUCCACAAAUAUGAAUCACAAUGACAAAAGUAUCCCUAAGUCUUGGUAUGAAGAAUUUUAUCAGAGGCAUUUCAAGUGCAGAUUAUCAGAUUCAGAUGUUGUAGUGACUGAAUUCACACGAGAAUGUACCAAGGCGGAGAGAUUCAAUGGUGCUUAUAAUGCUACACAGGAUCGCUAUACUUUAUCAACGGUGGCUGCUACUUAUGCUUUGAUUAAUGGACUCUUUGAUUUCCGUGGCACUAAUUGUGGAAUACAGACCACCCAGGACUGUUUGGCGUCACUUUCAACGGCCAGGGAGCGUCUCUUUAGUAGUCUGUUAAAUAUCUCAUCAAUUCCUUUGCAUGAGAGACCGAAUAUCAACCCAGGGGGCGAGUUCAACGUUCGUUUCAACAAGGAAAGAUUCUGGGAUCCAGGCUAUGUCAUCGUCACAUACGACUCCAGAAACAAUGCUCCAAGUCAAGAGAUUGGUGACUGGGGAGGCAACGCUUUGACUGUGAAUAACAGGGACAGCUUGUCCAAUAUCCUUUCCAACUGCCCGACAAACCAGGAAUGCGGCUGCGCGAAACCAACGGAACCAACAGCACUUCCGCAGCAAGCACCAUCCUACACGGGUCCAAGAAAUUACUACAAGUAUGCCGAUGACGGAACAAGGAUUUAUGACUGGCCUGUGUGGGCUAUAGUCGUGGCGGUGCUAACGAGUAUCGGUAUCCUCGUGACCAUCAUUAUAACGCUGGUCCUCCUGCUCACGUACCCCAUCAGAGGGGGGACAACCAUCCUCGGCUUCAUGGUCCUCUUGGGCAUCUUGGGCAUCUACGGCAUCAACUUCGCCUUCUUCCUUCCCGCCUCCUUCGACACCUGCGCAGCCCGGCGGUUCUGCAUGGGUGUUAUCUAUAUGAUUGUAUUUGCUGCCUUGCUUGUCAAAGCGGUUGACAACUGGAGGUACGGGGAACUUUCAUGGGAAAAUCAGAAGAAGUACCGCGGUCUCACUAGUGCCUGUUCCCUGUUCAUGAUUGCCCUGGGCAUUGUUCUCGUUCAGGCGAUAGUCCCCAUAAUGUGGCUCAUACUCAUCCCGCCUACAGCGUCCAGGGUGAUGGACGUCAACGGGAACGUCGCGGACCUCCUCCACGACCACAUGUGGUGCGACCCCACAGACAUGUACGACAUUGCACUGGUCCUGUCCUUCAUCUUCGUCAUGUUCAUCGUCCUGUUGACGUCGAUAUUCUCGGCGAUGGCGUGGGACAGCGAGGUAAACAACAGGGAGACCAGGUGGAUCCUCAUCGCCUGCAUCUGCACGGCUGGCUGUUUCCUGGUGUGGAUGAUCGUCACAACUAGUGCUGGGCCCACAUAUCGAGACCCUGCAGUUGCCAUUGCCAACUUUAUUAACGCUACAGCACUCCUCAUCUGUAUUCCCCUCCGGAAGACGGCGCUGCUCAUAGCUUAUAAGAGGGACGAGAAAUUAGAUAAAGACGACCCAGGUGACUAUGAAAUUUACAGCCAACCCACUACUGAAUAUGCUAAUCAUGCAUACGACCCUGACUAUGACUUCCAGAGACAGGAUUCUAAGCAAGAUUCGGAUAUGGUUUCACUACAUGGAGUCUUGGUGGUCACAGUGACCUGUCUGGCGCUGGUCACGAGUCAGUCUCUGAGUCGACAGACAUGUGAUGCUGCCAAGUCAGAAGUAUCCAUACAGCCAGGUGCCGAUGCCAUCAUUGGAGGUGUAUUGGCUAUGCAUGAGGAAGGAACAAAUGGAUUUGGCUGUGGAACAAUUACUUCAGAUAUGCAAGCCUAUGAAGCGAUCCGCUGGGCACUGGAGCUGCUCAACAAGAAGGACCAGAUCCUGAACGGCGAUAACCUCACCAGUACCUAUGUCCCCGGCAUCAAGUUAGGUAUAAAUAUCCGUGACUACUGCAGCCGGAGUGAGGGGGCGGUUUCGGCGGCACAGAGCUACUUCCCCCAGUUCUCCUCCAACACCCAGGCCUGUACAAGGAGUGCUUCAGGAAUCACACUAGGUAUUGUCGGGGCUUCAGACAGCGAUGCAAGUAUUGAUGUAUCCAACUUUGCUGAAAACUUCAACAUCCCUGUGGUGUCCUUCAUGGCUACUGCCCCUGAGCUGAGCAGUGCCCAGCGUUACCCCACGUUCAUGAGGACAAUCCCUCCGGACGGACCACUCAUGGAUGUGGUUAUUGAAGCUAUCAAGAAAUUCAACUGGAAAUAUAUCAGUAUAGUUUACACCGACAACUCCCAUGGCCGCCAGUCAUAUGGAGAAAUACGUCCUCGCUUGGUGACUGCUGGUAUCUGUCUCACUGCUGCCAUCGCCACAUCUCCCUCCGACACCAUAGAUGCCACCAUUGAUGCUGUCUUGGACCGUCUGCUCCUCACUAAGACGGUUGGAGUCCUGUAUUUUGGCACACCCUCUGUAGCGUAUGCUCUCCUUGAACGAAGCAAUAAUGCUGCAUACACUAACAUGGGUAAUCUGCAGUGGGUGUUCACAGAUAGUAUUUCUCUAACCAAAAACUUUGGAACAAAUAACUACCCCCGUGGAAUUAUUUCCAUCAUACCUACAUCCAGGUAUAUCGUGGAAUUUGAAGAUCAUUGGGUAAGAAUAAAUGAAAACAGUCCUUCACCAGAGAACCCCUGGUUCCAAGAAUGGUACAGCGAACAGAACCAGUGCUUUUUCCCAACAGUUGGCAACGGUCGAUUCCCUACUCCAUGCAGCAACAAGAUCCAAACAGAACGCCAGAAACGGGAAUCUUUCAUCCAGGACCGAUUUGUAGAACCAGCUGUUCAUGCUGUGUAUACCUAUGCUGUUGCUCUCCGUAAUGCACAGGCAGCAGUGUGUGUGGGCCUAGAAGCAAACACGUCCUGCUUGGCUCUCCGCAGCAUGACCUCCAAGACCUUCCUGGAGAACUACCUGAUGAAGGUGAACUUCACCUAUGGGAAACAGGAGAGGGCGCCAAGUCUGGCCUCCGACAAGUACGCACCUUACUUCUCAGCAGCAAAGGUCCGCUACAACGAAAACGGAGACAUUGUUAACCCAGCCUACGAUAUUUGGAACUUCAACGAUGCCCCAGUCGGAGGGGAUACCCUGGGAUUCAAGUUCAGAAGGGUUGGGUCUUGGAUCAACGGGAUUCUGUCAAUGAACAUGGAACAAGUGAGGAUGUACGACCUUACUCGGGACAAUGCACUCUCCCCCCUGCCACCGUCUCCCUGCCCACAGGAUGGCUGCACUCCCUGCCUCGGCAUGCCUUCUCCCACCAAGUACCUCUACAUCCACGGGGACAUCAUCGUCAAUGGCAUCUUCAGUGUACACAACGCUGGAGAACAGCAGUACUCCUGUGGACCUUUGGACCUGAAUGCCCGUUCAGGAGUGCAGUAUUUGGAAGCCAUGGCCUACGCCUUGAGAGAAGUUCCCAACAGGUUCAAGUCCUUUAACCCUCAGUUCCUGAGAGGUGUCAGUUUGGGGGGUCUGGGAAUUGAUGACUGUAAGAGCGGAACGCUGUCUAGAAACUUCAUCUCUGAAGUUCAGAGAGGCACGCUUGUAGUGGAGGACUCCUCCGGGAACACUUUAGACCCCCGAAGUGUUGAUGCUUAUGUGGCUGCUCACACCUCAGGCUUGACAAUUCCCAUUGCUGACUUAAUGAAUGAUGUCAAGAGGCCACUGGUGGGGUACUCCAGUACAUCAAGUAUGUUGUCUGACCGUAGAAAAUACCCCUACUACCUGAGAAUUCAUCCUGGAAUUGAUGAGGAAAUGGCAGCCAUUAUCAACAUCUUGAAGAAGCAGGGCUGGUACUUUGUACAAGUCGUGUAUGUUGAGGGAAAUGCUUUCUCGUUAAAUGGAAAUGAAGUCUUCAAGAAAAUGGCAGCUACACAUGGUAUUUGUGUUGUUGCAACUCACAGUUAUGGCCGUGACAUCAUCUCCAGGCUCAGAAGCCGACCAAUGGUCAAGCCAGUUCUCGUCAUUGCUCACGAAUCUCAAUACCGAACCUUCCUUGAAGACAUCAUCAAUGCCAACGCAACUGGAGAGUUUGCCAUCCUGGCUAAUUCUCCUUUCGGGAGGAAACAGAAAUUGGUUCAAGGUUUGGAAGAAGCAGCCGAUGGGGUUAUCUCCAUUAAAUGGCGUGUCCCCGACCUCACAUUUUUCAGCACGUAUCUGAGCGGCCUGAGAGCAGACACUAACCAGCAAAACCCUUGGUUCACUGAGUGGUUUGAGAACAUGUUUGACUGUUAUAUCGGACCACAAAACCCGAAUGGAAAAGCAGCGCGGUGUGCUGAUCGUAAUAGACCUAUUACGCAGGCACCAAAUUUUGAGCUUACGGAAGAGAGCAUCUUUGUAAUAAACUCAGUGUAUGCAGUGGCUCAUGGACUCCACACGACCCUGGUAGAAUACUGCGGUGUCAACUACAAUGGUGUAUGUGGCAACUUCACAAGCUCAGGAACACGUGGAAACCGCCUGUUGGAGAAUAUCAGAGCUUCAAGGUUCAGGCUGGAAGGAUCGAACCCUCCGACAGAUUUCUCUUUCAUUGGCUAUGAGGGCAAUGUCAUGAUCGAUGUGUACAACUACCGACGGAACACAGGCUAUAUCCUUGUGGGAGAAUUCAGUCCGGAGACAUAUGGUUACACUGAAAGCACCAGCCUCCUGUUGAGUGGGGGAGCGGCCCCAGCCACCUUCAUGUCGAUGUGUCCUGGGACCUGCACUGAGUGUCUUUACAUCUUCCAGGAAAUGAAGUACCAAUACAUCGAAGGCGACAUCAUCAUCCCCGCCAUCUUCGAUGUCCACAUGGGAGGUAUGACACGUUUCACUUGCGGAAAGAUGCGUGUGAGCAAUGGAUUUCAGUACACAGAGGCCUUUGCCUAUGCCCUCCAGAUGAUCAACAAUGGGGCCAUGUUUAACAAUGUCCGUCUGGGCGGUCUGCUGUUGGAUGGUUGCAGCAGCUCCUCAAGAUCCAAGGCUCUCAUCAACAGCAUCUACUCCAGUCAGCUGAUGCUACAGGACAGCAACAUGAACCCCAUCAGAACCCAGGACUUUCUUUCCUGGAUGAGCUAUGAUAGCAAGAGCACCAUUGAGGUCUCAAACAUACUCAGUCAGAUUGGCGUUCCCAUCGUCAGCCCUGCAGCGACAGCACCUCUGCUGGAUGACAAGGAUCGGUUUUCCACUUUCUUCCGUACGAUCAAGUCUGACAUGCAUGUUGUAAGAGCCAUGGCCAAGCUUAUAAAACAAUUAGGUUUUAAUUACGUCAUCACCCUGAAUGCACCUGACUUCAGCAGUAGAGAGUCGAGGGACGAGUUCCGUAACUUGGCUAAGGAUGAGGGAGUGUGCCUCCUUGAUUCCUACGAGUUUGACACUGAUGGAAGUAUGGACAUAAUCCUAAGAUCUAUAAAUGUAUCCACAACGCAAGUUGUUGUUGUAUUCGCAGAACCAGAUUCCUACAUUUCUGAGCUGCUCCGUGCAAAACAAAGAUCGUAUCCGAACAACCGUAUCAUCUUCAUCGCUAACAGACGCUGGACCCUGCCAUCAGAUGUCAGUCAAACAGUUCCCAAUUCUAUAACAUUCAACUUUAACUCUCCCUCAGUGCCUGCGUUCACAAGCUACCUGGCAAGCAAGAGGCCCACCAUGACUAACCCCAACCCUUGGUUCCGAGAGUACUAUGAGGAACGCUACCAAUGCAACCUUCCAGGAACAUUCCGCUUCCUCGUAAACUGCGACCAGAAUUACGUAAGUGUCACAACAGCUAAUUACAUACAAGACCUGCGAGUCCUGUCCACUAUCAACGCUGUGUACUCCAUUGCUGAAGGAGUGAAGCGUACACUGGAGGAGAAGUGUGGCAGCCAGCCUGGCGUCUGUAAGAACUUCACUAACAGUGCUGAUACAUAUGAGAAAAUCAUGGCGCACAUGGAUGUUAUGAACUUUACUGAUGUCAUGGGAGACUUCUUCCGCUUCAUCAACAGGGAGGCAGAUCGAGGCUACACGAUUGAACAGUUUCUUGAUAAUGGGUCUCAGGUGAAGGUAGGAACCUACAAUAGCACAAGUCUCUCUCUGGUAGAUCUACUGAACCUUCAGACAAAGUUCCGCACAGUGAAGUCAGAUUGUGACUCAGCUUGUCUGGCGUGCCAGAGGUCAUCCAACAACUUUGAUGCUUUCACAUACAAGCCUGGUUCCUUCAACCUUGUUGGUUUAUUUGAUGUCCACCGAAAAGGCGCCACACCCUUCACAUGUGGAGACAUAAACCAGAAACAUGGCUUUGAGCUCCUGGAAGCAUUUAACUAUGCUGUCGAUUAUGUCAACCAAAAGCAAGGAAUCUUUGAAGGCAAACUCAAUGGGAUUGAUCUUGGCGCCAUUGGUCUGGACGUCUGCCAGAGCCCAACGCGUGCCGCCAACCUUGUUGCCAACAUCCACAGUGGCAACAUCAACUUGAGGAAGCAGGGUGUAACUGUCAACCCUAAAAACUUUGAUGUCUAUAUAGGGACAUUUGAAACGAAGGCAUCCAUCCGAGUUGCUGAUGUUCUCGACGCUCUGUCUAUCCCGCAGAUAAGCUAUGGUGCUACCAGCUUGGAGCUCCGAGAUUCGCGGACACAUCGGUACUUCCUGCGUACUGUUCCAGCGGAUGAUAAACAAGCACGAGCCAUCAUCUCAUACCUGAAGAGGUUUAAGAUUGACAAUGUUCAGGUGAUCAGCACAUUCGACAGUGUAGGUGAACAGGGAAAAGAUGAGUUCCUGCGUCUCGCAUACUUGAAUCGUAUCUGUGUCUCACAGAACAUCACCAUAGGUAAAAAUGGUCCUGUGCUCCGGUCUGAGGCAUCCUUGACCCUUCAGGCAAUCGCUAAUAACACUUACGCUAAGGUGGUCGUCCUGUUUGUAGAUGAUCCGCGUGCUAUCCUCCUGGCUGCUGAAGAUGACGACAACAUCCGAGGACAGUACUUCUUUAUCGGGACCGACAAGUGGGGCAUGGAUGUCGACCUCCUGAAUGGGCUUGACAGACUCAUUCGGAACCGAAAAGCCGUGACAUUUGACGUGGAAACAGCUGAUUUACCUGGGUUUGAUCAGUACCUGGAAUCAAAGAUCCCCUCCAAUUACAAGGACAAUCCAUGGUUUGAUGAAUUCUUCCAGGAGGUUCACAACUGCUACCUCACCAGCCCAACCUCAGAGUUUUCCAAGCCCUGUACUGCCAGUAAUCGGGGUAUCCCCCGAUCUAAUGGCUAUAUACAGGACCCAUAUGUUCUCUAUGUGGUGAAUGCAGUGUUCUCAGCAGCUCUCGGGAUCCAUCACGCUGUGGCGGAGGUGUGUGGCAACGACUACGCCUUCCCCUGCUCCCUCAUCAGGAACAGUGGCGAGAGGAGACAGAGAAUCUUCCGCAACAUCAAGGAAAAGGCAAGAUUCGAGGAUGCCACGGGACAACCAUUCUACUUUACAAAUGGAGGGGAGAGUGACCGAGGCUACCACAUCUAUGAGCCGAUCCCAAACCCUGUAGGACCAGGGUAUAUCUACAAGAACGUGGGCAGUUACAAUGACACCAAUUAUCUGAAGUUGGACAUCCGCUAUGAAAUCACUGAAAGGUCCGUCUGUCAGCCAGAGCAAGUGUGUUCAUGUGUCUUCCCUGACUACCAGCCAUCUCGAUACAUGUUGAAGGAUAAUCAGAACGAUCUAAAUCUCGUCUUCAUCGCAGACAUACACUCAAAAGACCCCAAAAACCUAUUUGGCUGCGGUGCCAUCAACACUGGCCCCCAGUUCCAGAACCUCAUGGCAUUCUUCUACGCUAUCGAGUCAGUGAACAACAACACAAACCGGCGCUUCCCAACAUCUCUGCAGUUUGGAGGCCUGGCUCUGGACACCUGCAACCAGCAGCAUCGACUCGGGCAGGAUCUCUACAGCUUAAUGAGUGGGGAGGGGUUUUGUGGAACAGGUCAGCUGGGACAAGUUAUCGCCCCUUCCACCAUUGUGGCUGUUAUAGCAGACGGCAGCUCCACAGCUCUCCCUGUCAGCAGUAUGUUGUCCCCACUGAAUGUUACAACCUUGAGUCAGAGUGCAACCACUGUCGAGCUGAGUAGCCAACAGUUCCAUCCCUACUUUCUACGUACUGUGCCACCAGAUAACAUUCAAGCUAUUGUCAUGCUACAGAUUAUGAAGCAGUUUAACUGGGACUAUGCCACUGUUGUUUAUUCCACUAUACCAUAUGGAAUCGCAGCUAAAGAUACUCUUCUCCUGCAAGCCAAUGCUGCAGGAUCAUCUGCCUGUAUCUCGGCCCUCGAAGGCAUGAAACUGGGAGCAACCUUGUCAGAUGCAGAACGAAUCCUUGACAACCUCAGUCAACAGGUAGGAUCAAGAGUAGUCAUUCUGUUCACAACCCCUGAGCACUCACGUCUGCUUCUACAGGCCACAAGGUCUAAGGGCCUCGCAGGACGGUUCAUCUGGCUCGCUAGUGACUAUUGGGCCAGCAGUCAGUAUAUUGUAAACGGGUACGAAGCUGAGGCUAGUGGGGCUGUGACAAUUCAAAUCCGCUCAGAGGAAGUCCAAGCCUUUAAGACAUACAUGAAGUCCUUGACCUUAAAUAAUCGUCGUGGAAUUCCCGACGACUGGUUUGAGGAGCUGUACCAGACUAUCCACAAGUGUCGUCUGCUCAGUGCUGCUUUGAAGAAAGAUUACUCCAGCAUCUGUACCGGGCAGGAGAUGAUCACAGAUGACAUGAUCCCCGAAGAUCCCUUCAUCCUUCAUACCAUCAUCUCUGUGUACAUCACUGCAUAUGGACUGAACAACCUGGAAGAGUGUCGCAAUGUCCCCCAGCUCGACAUCUCAGCCUGCUUGGCUCUCCAGGAAAAUCGGAGACGGGAGUUGAUCUACAACAGCAUCCUGAACUCUCAGUUGACAGUGCCAGCUCAAGAACUAAGUGGGAGUUCCUUCAGCUUCAGGUUUACAGAAGGGAGGUAUGGUGAUGUUGGCUACGACAUCCUCAACUACUACCGGGAUGCUGGUGUUAAGAAGUACGACUACACCAAGAUCGGCUCUUACCAAGGUGUGUUGACUCUUGAUAAAAGCAAAUACACUGGUUCCGGUAUCCUGGAUACCAGUGGAGUGGUGCCCAUCUCCCAGUGCCCGGCAGGGAACCCCUGUACCUGCCUCAGACAGGAUGGUGUUGGCACCCACACCUACACCCGCCAGUCGUCGACCAGUGCCACCUCCUACACCAGUGCCAUCUACAUCCUGAAGGAGGAUGGCAACUACUACAACUCUCUCACUGACCAGCUCGUAGAGGUCAACAAAGUGCCCACUGUGGUCGGGCGCUUCACCGACAUCUGGGCCAUCAUCGUGGCAACCAUUGCAGCCAUUGGAUGCUUCAUCACGGCCUGCAUGUUCAUAUACCUCCUGGUCGUCUACCCAAACCGUGGUGGCACAUCCAUCCUCGGCUACACCCUCUGUUUUGGCAUCAUCCUUCUCUAUGCUCUCGUCUUCGCCUUCAUUGCUCACGCCAACACCGAGAUCUGUGGGUUGAGGAGGUUUGGUCUUGGAUUUGUGUAUGCGUUAUGCUAUGGUUCCUUGUUUGUAAAGUUGCUGGACUGCUGGAGAACCCAGGACAAGGAGGAGAUGGACAACGUGAAGUAUAACAAACUGGGCCGUCCGUGUGGACUGUUCCUGGUGGUCCUACUUCUCAUCCUAGUGCAGGUUAUCAUCAAUGCAGAGUGGCUGAUCUUGGUGCCUCCAGAAACCGUCCGUGUGCUCUACAACAACCAGCUGUGGCCCAGAUGCACACCCGAUGACUUUUACGAUGAGAGUCUUGUCUUGUCCCUCGUUUACGUCAUGCUUCUUAUAGCUCUGUCUGUUAUAUUUGGCUUUGCAACAUUCAGGAAGUCCAAGAAUCAUUACGAAUCUCGCUGGAUCCUGGGUAUUGCAGUGCUCAGCAUCCCGUGUUGGGUGAUCUGGUGUCUGGUGGCCACCAUUGGUGUGUACAAGGUGCGCGAUGCUGCUGUGGCUGUGGGGCUCCUCAUCAACGCGACGUUCAUGCUGUUGCUAGGUCCCCUGAGGAAGCUGUACCUACUCAACAAAUACCAGGCCUUGAUUGAAGAGGAAGAAAAGGAAUACAUGGCCAGUCAGGGACCAGAGUAUGCCUCAUAUGGCCGACAGUAUGACAACGUUGGCAGGUUCCAUGAGGGGUCGUUACACGGUAGCUCCCAUGGCAGCACGUACCCCAGACAGAAAUAUGCUGCCAGCUUGAAUGGAACACAGCGGUCAACAGGCUCCGCAUAUAACCCAUACGCUGACCCCAACCACAGGGAGGAGCGAGAGAUCCAGCAGUAGGUCUACCGGUGCCCCAGAAAUACUUCAACUGGGAGACUCCUGUAAGCAAGAAGAUGUGAACAAAUAUAUUGAAAAACUGUGAUGGGGAGAAUCAUUGGAAUAUUUUGUUUAUAUACAAGUACAAUGUAUUGUAUAUCUAGACUUGACAUGGUUGUCUCUGAAUUGAAAGAUUUGAAUUCAAAGUGGUUAUAACACUGAAUAUCACUACAACCGUCCUAAUUGUCAUUGAGGGCACAAGCAGUUACUAGAAACAUGAACAUUAGUUUCCUUAAGCCUUAAGUAAAGCAUGAGCGUGACUAAUUCAUUUAAAAAUCUUUAAACGGUAUGACACUGUCUCAGUGGUCAGGGUCAAACGUGUCAUGAGAAAUUCCCACAUGAUGUGAAGAGCUGAAUGAGUGCUGAAGUUCGUGAGGAACGUGUUAUUUAGGCCAGACUGCUUUAAUGCCUUGUUUCAUAGGACUAUGUCCCAAAGCAAAGACAAAAUAAAAACAUGAAUAAUUCCAUUGAAAAAAACUUGGAUGUUUAGAUUUACAAUUUCCACUAUUUUGUACUUUUUGACUUAAUAAAGUGUAGACUUGUUCUUUUAACAAGAACAUAAAUUGGUCUGGCCUUGCCAAUAAUAUAUAUAUAUACAUAUUUGUACAUUUGUAUUUGUAUCAUUCACAAGGACUUUGUUUGUACAAUCGCAUAUAAGUCAUACAGCUCAUACAGUCAUCAUCAGAUGUUAUGUUGUAGUUUGGGAACAUAUUUGCCAAAUUAUUUUAGCAGAUGAGCGAUUAUUCAAAUUUUGUAUAUACACCCCUUUUUAAUAGAAAUAAACAUUUAUAUUUUGUAUAAAUAA